AUGGAGCUUCUUAAAUGUGAGUGGGGCUCUUGCGAAGAGAAGUUUGCUUCUUCUGAUUUUCCUGAGUUUAGAGAGCACGUUGAAAGCCAUUUGAUCGAAAUUUUCCCAAAAUAUAAUCGAGGUUUCUCCGAAGACUCGAUCCCUGAUAACUUCGCUUGCAGUUGGCGAGAAUGUGGCUGGGAUUCGCCGAUGGAUGCUGGCGAUCUGAUCCGCCAUGUUUUCUUCCAUGUUUUUCACACAAGAAUAAAGCUUGAAGGCUUUAAAAAGCAACAAGAAAUGAAACUAGCGCCGUGUGCUUUGGACGGUCAGAGUCGUAAUCUCAUCCCCGAAAACCCUGAGCCGUUUCUGUGCGAGUGGAAGGAAUGUAAUGUUAUAUUUAACUGCCCGACGUUGUUUUACCGGCAUGUAGAUAGUCAUGCUAUGGCUGUGGACAAAAAUUUAGUGGAAAUAAGUGAAGAUGGAAGAAAAAAAUUCUCUGUAAAGUGCCAAUGGGAAUAUAAUCCCGGGGAAGGUAAGCUAAGGAAUGAGUAAGCUUAAUAAUGCCAUUUUGUGUUUCUCGUGGCCGCCUCCUUUCUCUUCUCUCUACGGAAGAAGGAGGAUGGUAUUCUUGUUUGACUCCAUGAAAAAUUCGCGUCCAGUGCGUUUACCCCACAAAUUUAUUUGGGAUUUAAAGAUCUUGUUGUGAGUUUUGGAUACUUCCAACAAGCUAUAAUUAUGUGCCAAGGAAAAGCUUUUUGUAGGAAGGAUGAAAACUAGACUAUAAGAAGUCCAUCAUUUUUCUUAGAGAUGGUAGAGCAAGCAAAAUGCGUGACCACAUGUGAAAAUCACCACCCAUGAGAAAGCUAAAGUGAUGAUUUUCACGCACGCUCCAGUAUGCAGAGUAUAGCAAUUGCACGCAUGAGCCCUUUUUGAAAAAGCUUUUUGCACACACUAAAAUCGUAGCAUGCCACAUCCCUUGCUUACACUUUUGCUUUCUCAUCAGUAUGGUGAGGUUAUAUACAAAUGAAUGGACUGGCAAUUUGUCUGUAAUCUUGUUUGUAGCCUUUCUUUUGAGUGAACUGAAUGGUAAAGCAUGAACAUACUAGGGGGGUCUGGGGGGCAUGCUCCCCCUGGAAAAUUUGAAAUUUAGGUCAUCUAAAACAGCUGGAAAUGCGCCUAAAUCUUGCAUCCUUUUAAUACUGAGCCUCUCUAUGGGCAUGCACCCGUAUUGUGGUAUAAAAAAUCGUAUUGCACUUGGUGCACGCAGCUAAAAUUGGCUCUGCACACACGAGAUCUCAUUGAGUUCUGCCAUAAAUGUAGUUUGCAGACUGGCGCACACUCGCUUGCGCUCUCCACCACCCCUGGAAAAAUUAGGGACCAUAAUUUGGGACCAACCUUGAAACUCAACUGCUCCCAGGAUUCAAACUGAGGCCAUAUUGGUGGGGACAAGUGCUCUCAGCUCUGCACCACCCAUUCUCUCCAAGAGUUAUUGUUAUGAGUAGCUGUAGUUACACUAGCUAUUUUGCCUGUACGUGAAAAAUGGUCUUGCCUAUGGGGAAAGCUCCUUUUUCUUUGGUUUGGAGGAGGGGGGGAGGGGAUUAACCGAUUUUCUUGCAAUUAUUGCCUUCAGUAAAUUCCCAUGGGUCCAUAAGAAAAGAUUAUUGCCCAUCACAGGCAUAGAGUGUAAGUCCUGUGGUUUAUAAAGAAGACAACGUGGGCCAACUAAUCAAGAAAAAUGGUUAUUUUGUUUUAGGAGCAGCUUCACAAUAGGUUCUUUUGUUAUUUUGUGAGAAGCAAAUAAGACAAUGAUAGUGACUGGGUAUUUUGAAGUUAAGCCUUCAUGUGUGUUUACAUGAAUGUUAUUUUGCAAGUCCCCCUACUCCUAAACGCAAGAUGUAUUAAUGUUUAGCGCUUUUUAUAAAGUUUUUAUUUCAUUAACUUUUUAAAAUAUUUUUCUUUUAAGUGUGCGAUUUUUCAACUGCAAACCACUAUAAACUGAAGGAACAUUGCCGAAGUCAUACUAGAGAGAAAAUUUUUGCAUGCAAUACUUGUGGUGGAAUGUUUGCCAGCAGAACUAAGCUUGUAGACCAUUUAGUAAGACAGAAUUCAUCUGGAUGUAAGUGUGGCAUCUAUUUAGUACGCUAUUAUCUUAUUAAGAAUGGUAAUAGGACUGAGUGAAGUCCAGUUCAGUCUGUAAAUUGUGUAAGUAAUUAAGGAGUCCUGGAUUUUGUUAAUCAUGAGUAAAUAAAUUGUUAAUCGUAACCAUUACAAUUAUUUCUAAGAAAACACAUUUAUUCUUUUUUUGUGAAAGAGCUUUCAAUACCAAUAAUUUAUCCAAAAUUAGAGAAAAUACCUUUGGUAGACACACUGUCUAGUGUUACAAAUUUUACCAUUUUGAAAAUCUCCAGUUUGGUAGGGUAUGUGGUUGUUGCUAUGGUUAUUGAAAUAAAUUUAGAGUACACUCAAUAUGAUUGGCUGAUGUAACUUUCUGACGAUGAGUGUUCCAUUACAGCCAACUGUCUGAUUACACUGUCCCAUAACAACCCUACACAAUGAUUAGAGAAAAAUAAAACAGUUAAUGCACCAAUCAAAUUUGAGGAAAUUGUAAUGGUUAUGAUUAUACAUGAAGUCAAACUGAUGGGGUAAAAUUAUAUGGAGCAUGCUUGUGCUUGGCUUCCUACAUGUAAAUAUACCCAGUAAUACUCGAAUCUUGGAAUACAGGGGGUGUAUGUUAAAGACGUUAAGAGGUUAAGGAUGUUUUAACUUAAUCUCAUCCAGCUCUAAGUCGAUGUCAUGGAAAUAUUUGGUGGUUCAAUUUUGUUUGACUUACAUCAUAUAUCAAGAUACUGUACACGUAGAACUGUUUAUCAAGAAUAAUAAUCAUUAAAAGAGAAACUGAACGAAACUGAACUGUACACCAUAGAGUUCUAAAGUGUGACGUCAGAAAAAAAAUUAAAUUUGUGAAAUUAUGGGAUUUAUUGGGAUAUUCUGAAAGAACAACAUCCAAGAGGCUUACUUGCCAAAAACUAGCAUUGUGGGGCAAGUUGUCGGUGAGAUAUUAGCCCCUUUAUGCUCUGAUGACUCCAUACAAAUGACUCAAGUCCAGUUAAGAAGGAUUUGUAUGGAGCUGUCAGAGCAUAACUGGGCUAAUAUCUCAGAGACAAUUCACCCCCAAAAGCUAAUUUUUUUGGCAAGUAGGCCUCUUGGACAUUGUCAUUUCAGAAUAUCCUGAGAGAUAAACUGGACCUAAGGGCACUUAAUAUAUAUUUAAAAUCAGAAUUGGUCAACAUCCCUUUUUGCUAAAAACCCAUCUCUGCCAUGCGUUAUAUGAUUUACAAAUAGACUGACUUGGCUGGGCAGGCCUGAUUAAUAGUGGAAUUCGCUUUACAACUGGACUGGUUUGGCCAGCUAGUUCCAAUGAGACUUUUAAGUGUCAUUUGUGUUCAUUCUAGGGAGUUGUCCAUUUUAUAAAAUGUAGGUGUCUUUUUUAGUGAGGCGUGCAUCCUAUGAAGGUGUUUGUUAAGAGAUUUUAGUGGACAGGGAUGAUCGAAUGGGGGCAAAAAUCAAAACCCAAAAAAAUCCCUGGACCAAAAAUUUACCUCCCCCCCCCCCAACCCCUAACCAAAAAAAAAAAAAAAAAAAAAAAAUACCACACAAAAAUUCCGAACCCUAAAAAAUUCAAAAAAAAAAAAAAAAAUAAAAAAUGGAAAAAAAAAAAAUUUUAAAAAAAAAUUUUGUUAAAAGAGAAAAAGACAAGUCAAGACACCAAACAAAUAACAAAAACGUAUUUUGGCCGUCUAGUUUCAAUGAGUCUUUUAGAGGUCUUUUGUGUUCAUUUUAGGGGGUUUUGCAUUUUAUAAAAUGUUGGUGUUUUUUUUAGGGAGGCGUGCAUCCUAUGAAGGGGUUUUUUAAAAGAUUUUAGGGGACAGGGAUGAUCGAAUGGGGGCAAAAACCAAAACCCAAAAAAAACCCUGGAACAAAAAUUUACCCCCCCCCCCCCCAUCCCCUAACCAAAAAAAAAAGCAAAAAAAAAAAUUCCCACGCUGAAUUUCCGAGCCUUAAAAAUUUCCAGAAAGCAUUAAAUGAUAUAAGAUGGAAAAAAAAAAGUUUUGAAAAACAAGUUUUGUUGUUACUUUGUGUUUUGUUGCAGAAGUAUGUGGCCAGGAUAUGCAGUCACUACAUGAAUCUUCAGAUUGUUUUGAAUAUCGCCAAAACUCCCUAAUUAAACUAAGCCAUUCCAAAAAAUUCCUGCCAAAAUUUCCAACCCUAGAGAAAUCCUGCAAAUGAAAAUUUCAAACCCCCCAAAACCCUUUGAUCAUCCUCGUCACUUGAAAUCCCAAGUACCCCCUGGGGAGUUGUCUUUCAACGGUUCAAAUUUUAUGUAUCGUUUGUUUAUAACUCCUUAAUAUUCAUUAAAAUUACUUAAAGCAAAAUAAAAUUGGAAAAAGGGUAAAGUUAAAUCACAGCUCAUGAUAUGAUGACAUAAUUCUAUAUUGUUUUCUUUUCUUGAAGAUGAAAGUUUCCAGUGCUCACACUGUUUAAAGCAUUGCGGCUCAGAACGCAUAUUACGAGAUCACAUGCGACACCAUGGUAUGUAACAAAAUUAUCUCAAUAAAUAAAAACAAGUGAUGAUUCUGUAGUUGCCAUAGCACAUCCAGUUGAUUGUUCUUUGUCUAACAAUAUCCUCGAUCAAAUUCGAAUUUGGAAAUUCUAGUAUAUUACAACAGGGGAAAACCAAUAUACCAAUUCUCAAAGUAAUGAUUAAAAAUACUGACAGCGUUUUUCUUUUCACGUUUUUCUCUUGUAGUUAACAAUGUGAAGUGUCAGUUUUGUGACAUGACCUGCCCAAAUGCUUCUGCUCUUAAGCAACAUGUGAAAUUCAGACAUUCAGAUGAAAGACCCUUCAAAUGUGAUGUAUGCAGUUACACGUAAGUUGUGGGUCACUGAUAUUAAAUUUGCUGUCAAUAACAAUUCAUUUAAUUAAAAAAAAAUCCUUGUCUUUUCUGCAUUCGAUGGCUAACAAUUUUUAUCAAGUACAGUAAAAAAUAGCAGUAACAAAAUCCUUUUAUACUUUUGACCAUGUACAUAAUAUUAUAGUAGAAUAUUUUCUAAUUAUAUAUAAAAUAUUAUAUCCUUUGAUUAAACAAUUGAACAGGCCAACAUUCACAUUUUGAAAUGGAGGAGUUGAGAUGUCUGAAAAUGCCACUAGUUUUGUCUUGCAACCAAUCAGACAGCAAUUUUGAACAAUGUAAGAUUUUCAAAGGUAAAGCAAGACUAUUGGAUGUACUUUCAACAUAAAAAAUCACAAAAGGCUGAAUGAUACUCUUCGGGUAAUUUAUUUAAAUGGGAAUAACCUAUGGUAGCAAUAAUGCGGGCCUUCCCUUGCUUGCUCCCCAUUCUAACUCGGUUGUAAGACAGACCUUUAUUAAAGUAGAACUCUAAACAUGUACACAAAACCUUUGUUCACAAAUCAUACUUUACAUAGAUUAGACUAUGUCUAGAUGGAAGGUAAAAUAAAAGCCUGUUAGCCCCCUGAUACCUGCACUCCACCACAUAUUUAACAUGAUUUACUACAAUUUUAAAUGUGAUUAUUUUUAAAGUUUGGGUAAGAAUUCAACUUAAUAGCUAUUUUCUCUUCAGGUGCAAGAUGCCUUCAGAUCUGGCACGCCAUCGAGAAUUCCACAAUGCAGUUUUAGCAUACCACUGUGAUGUGGAGGGCUGUAAUUUUUCUGCCAGAUCCAUGCAAACUGUAAAGAGACAUCAGAAAGUAGAACACCAGGUUAGAACAACAGUCAAACUCCACUUUAAGGACUCCUCAUUAUUACGCACAGUUUAUGGACAUUAUUACAGACCCGCUUAAUAGUCCAGUUUUGAGUUCGCUAUGACUACUAAAUAAAAGAAAUGAAGACACAUUUUUUACAGGCUUAGCCUCAAUGUGAAUAAAUAUAUUCACAUAUUUGUAAAAGAAGAAGACCUGUUUAUUACUCUGUCUAUUGAAUUCUUCACAUUUUAAACACUUACUUGCUGGAAUUUGCUAAGUUUUUACUUUAUGUUAACCCUGUGUGAACGUGUCGAUAAUGUUUGUAUGCAGUGGUAAUUUUUAAUAGUGAAACUGGACUAUAUGGACACCCUGUUAAUUGCAGACACUUUCUUUGCCCCCCCUUAGUGUCUGUAUUAAGUGUUAAUUUAACAGGGUUGACUUUAAUACUGCUACGUCUCUCUUUUGUCUUUAUUUGCCAGUUUUAAUUUUUGAUUCAAUACAGUGUAUGCCAAACAAAAUUCUUUGUUAAAAAAAUGCUCGUGAAAAAUGAGGAGAUCAAAGCAAUUCCUCUUGGUGAUCAUUAAUUGUUAAUUCUUGGAUUAAACCUUUUCUACAUUGUACUUGAUUAUGUGUGAAUAUUGUGCGACAAAAUUUGAUAUUGGUCACUCUUCGCACUUAAAGAGAAUUUUUAAUUUUUGAUCCAAUACAGUGUAUGCUAAACAAAAUUCUUUGUAAAGAAUGCUCUUGAAAAAUUAGGAGAUCAAAGCAAUUCCUCCUGGUGAUCAUUAAUUGUUAAUUCUUGGAUUAAACCUUUUCUGCAUUGUACUUGAUUAUGUGUGAAUAUUGUGCGACAAAAAUUGAUGUUGGUCACUCGUGGGACUUAAAGAGAAUUUUUUUUAACCUUGUUUGAUUCUCAAUUUCCUUUGUCUUUUAGCCCUAAUUCAGUUUGUAAUAUUAGAGCUAGAAGGUAAAGGAAGUUGAGAAUCCACCUAGAUUUUUAAAAAAUAAUAAUCUAAUCUUGAUUUUUAUCUAUGAGAUCUAUGGUUUAAUUUAUCAGCCUGAUUGAUUGUCUCAUAAGUGCCAGGGCUCUCAUUAAGAGGCGGGGACCGGGGAUUUCCCCUGGCUACUACGAACAUGGUCCCCGGCUGCUUUCAUAGGAAAAUAGAAGAAAAAUAGAACCAAAAGAAAUCCCUAGCUGUUUGAUUCCCCGCCUACUUGUUGGAUUUAUCCGGCAACUUGAAAUCUUGGUGACAACCCUGUAAGCGCUCUGUCUGUGAACAUGUCCUGGGGCCUGGGACCCAUCACACUGAAGCCACAGUCAGGUUCAGUGGCAAUUCCAGUGAAGUGAAAUAGAAUUUGAAAAAACAACAACUUACAACAAACAAACAAACAAAAAUAAAAAAAACAGUAUUAUGCAUCGGAUCUAUUAUGUUUUAUUUUUUUUAGGGUAUUGAUUUAUAUCGUUAUGAGUGUCAUGUGUGUGGGCAGCGAUACACUCGAGGAUCAGGACUAACAAACCAUCUAAAGAAGAAACACAAAUUCAGUUGGCCGGCUGGUCAUCCACGCUUCAGGUUGGACAUCAACAUGCACAUUCUCUUUACUGGUUUCCAUUGUCAAAGUGCCAGGCUUUCUCUGGCUGUACAUAUUUCAUCAUGCAUCCUUGAUUUUGCUAUGCAGUUUCAUGAAAAAAUUUUCAUUUAGUCUUGGUGACUACUGUAAAAUUUGCCAAUAUAAAAUUAUUUGAAUUGCCUUGAAUAAAAAACAGUUAUUCUCUGAAGUGGAGGUGGCUAGUGGUGGAAAUUUAGCAAGCCGCGAGGCAGAAAGGUAAAUGUCAGCCACUAGCCACGGACAGUCAAACAGCCCAUCAAACAGCUGCACUCAUUUUUGUACCAUUGCUGUUUUUGUGAUGGUUAUGAUAAUGUUAUUGUUGAUGAUGAUAAUGAUGAUGUUGAUGAUGAUGAUGACGAUUUUGCCUAUUGUCUCCACACAGGUACAAGGAGUGUGAUGAUGGCAUAUGCCGCUUACAAACUGUGCGCUUUGAAAGCCUCCAUCUCUCACAGUUAUUAAAUGAGCAAGAGGGUCAAACUAACUCUCCUGUGGAUAAUGCCAGCUCUCCAGCAACUUCAGGGGGAUCUCCAGAAACAUCUGCAGUAGGGUCUCCGUGUUCGAAUGUAGAAGACCCACUUGAAGAUCAGCGUUUUCAAGAUCUCCUCGAACAAUAUGGGCUGAGUGACAAUGGCAGUGAAACGCUAGUUAGAAAGCCAGACAGCUGCGCAGGUCCUAUUAGACACUCACCAAAGAGAAAGCCAACUAUGGUACACCCCUAUGAACGGCCUGACUCACCAGAGCUUGAUCUGCCUCAAGCGUUGCUUGAUCUACACGAGGCUGCAAUCAGGCUUGCAAAUGCCGAACAUGCAAAUUGA